AAGAGAUUUAUAUCGUUAAAUGCGGGGAAUUUGCAAUCUAGGGUUCUUAAGGUUUGUAAUCGAUGAAGGCUCAAAAGGGAAGCUCGAAGAAGAAAAGUGCGAAUUCUGGGUUAGUCGCUGUAGCAGUUGAUAAUAAUAAAGGAAGCCAACAUGCUCUCAAAUGGGCUGCUGAUCAUCUUGUCUCUAAAGGACAAACCAUUAUCCUCCUCCAUGUUAUCCUUAGAUCAUCCUCUGAUUCAGGUGAGAUUACUGCAGAGAAACAUAAGCAAGCUGAAAACCUUUUCGUGACGUUUCAUUGCUACUGCAGUCGAAAAGAGAUACAAUGCCUUGAUGUCACGCUUGAGGAUGACAACAUUGUCAAGUCCCUUGCUGAAUAUGUUUCCUCUGGCGUGAUUGAGAAUUUGGUUCUUGGUGCCCCUUCGAGGCAUGGAUUCAUGAGGAAAUUUAAGAUUUCUGAUACACCGAGCAAUGUAGCGAAAGCAGCACCUGAUUUCUGUACAGUUUACGUUAUUUCAAAAGGGAAGAUAUCAUCUGUCCGCUAUGCCUCACGAGCUGCUCCAUAUCGGUCUCCACUUAUGGGUCAGAUUGAAAACCACUCUGAAAUCAUUAACUACGAAAAGUUCAGAAACACCAUGAGCUUUAGAGAUAGGGCUCCGGCCAGGUCUUCCACUGCUAGCUCCAUUGAAGAUUAUGGAAAGUCACCUAUGGCAAGGACAUCAAAUUACGCAAACUCAUUCUUUGAUUUGGAAGACUCCGAAAACGACAUAUCAUUUGUUUGCUCAGGCAGGCCAAGCAGGCCGAGUACAAGCACCACCGGAAGCCCUUCCUUCAUCUACGAUUUUCCUGAUUCUGGUUUAACUCCGAGAAAGUCGACGAGCUCUGGACACUCUAUGCGUCUAGGAAUCAGGUUCAAUGACACCAAUAUCCAACAUGAUUUCUCAUUUGUCUCACAAGAUAGCGGUCGGUCAUCUUGUUCUUGUUCACCACAAAACUUGGAAGAAGUGGAAGCUGAGAUGCGGAGAUUGAAGCAGGAACUGAAACACGCAAUUGACAUGUAUGGAUCAGCUUGCAGAGAAGCACUAGCUGCAAAGCAAGAGGCGAAGGAGCUCCAACGUCAGAAAAUUGAAGAGGAAGGAUGGGUGCAAGAAGGACAGUUAUCAGAGAAAUCUACAAAGUCCAUAGUGGAGAAAGAGAGAGCACACAAAGCUGCCAUGGAGGCUUCUGAAACAGCAGGCAAGAUAGCAGAUCUCGAAACACAAAGAAGAGCCAUAGAAGCUGCAGGUUCUUUCUCUGAUUCCAGUUUAAGGUAUCGAAGGUAUGUUAUUGGUGAGAUUGAAGAAGCCACAAACUCAUUCGACAAGGCUAAUAAAAUAGGCGAAGGCGGGUAUGGUCCUGUCUAUAAGGGUUAUCUUGAUCAUACCCCUGUUGCUAUCAAGGUUUUGAGAGCAGAUGCAGUUCAAGGAAGAUCUCAAUUUCAAAGAGAGGUAGAAGUUCUUAGCUGCAUAAGACAUCCACAUAUGGUGCUACUUAUUGGUGCAUGUCCAGAGUAUGGAGUGCUUGUUUAUGAGUAUAUGGCCAAAGGUAGUUUAGCUGAUAGGCUCUACAAGUAUGGAAACACGCCACCGCUCUCGUGGGAGCUCAGGUUCCGAAUUGCAGCCGAAGUUGCGACGGGUCUGCUCUUCCUUCACCAGACAAAACCCGAGCCUAUAGUGCACCGUGAUCUGAAACCUGGAAACAUUUUGAUUGACCAGAACUACGUAAGCAAAAUAGGGGAUGUUGGAUUAGCCAAACUAGUGCCUGCAGUUGCUGAAAACGUCACGCAGUGCCACGUGUCAUCAACCGCUGGGACUUUCUGUUACAUUGACCCUGAGUACCAACAAACUGGAAUGCUCGGUGUGAAAUCUGAUGUAUACUCUUUCGGUAUCUUGCUUCUCGAACUGCUCACAGCGAAAAGGCCGACGGGUUUGGCCUAUACUGUUGAGCAAGCGAUGGAGCAAGGGAAAUUCAAGGACAUGUUAGACCCAGCAGUGCCUAACUGGCCGGUGGAAGAAGCUUUGUCUUUAGCAAAGAUUGCACUUAAAUGUGCACAGCUGAGAAGGAAAGACAGACCAGACCUCGGAAAAGAGGUUUUACCAGAGCUACAUAGACUGAGAGCUCGUGCAGAUACAAAUAUGGAAUGGAUGAUGUUCAACUUAAGCAGAGGUCGUCUAACACCAAAUCAUAGCCAAGUUUCCUUGCCACCAGUUGAUGAACUAAGUGUAUGCUCGGAUAGCUCUUAUACACAUUCAAGCACUUUAUCCGACACAGAGAAGAACUCAGACCAAAACGAAGAGGAUUAGUAUUCUUGUCUAUGUUGAAGGAGAUGGAUGAAGUGAGGCCAUUCUUGUCUUUUUUAGUUUGGUUAAGCUUAUGUAAUUGUGAAUAUUGUUGUAUGUAUAAGAUUCGUAAAGGAAGAAAAAAAUUGAAAGAAAAAGUUGAGUAGGUUUGUUAUAAUAUCUCUGCAAAGACGCAAACUCUUUUUUAAUAUGUAAGACAAAAAUCUAGACCACAUAAUUUGCACACUAAUUCUAAUAAAGUUCUAAAUUGAGA